AUGGCGUCGAAGAAGGUGUCUAUCCUCAAAUUCGUCGGGACCGUCUCCCUCGGUCUCCUCACCGGCACAACAUAUACCCUCUCAACCUCCACGAUUCCUCAGCUACUCGAUCUCCCCUCGGCUUCUAGCGCCUCCAAGGCGUUCCGCUCUAUAACCAGCACCGCCGCGACUCAUCUCAACACGCUGACUGGUGUAGCCGGCUCCGCCUUUCUGCUCGCAUUUGCUCUGUCGCCGCGCGGCUUCAGACACCCGUAUCUGAUCUACACGUCCGUUUUCGUCUUCAGCACCCGCCUGACCGACUACUUUGCCCCGUCACUGUUUGGCGCCCCCGGCGACUUUUCGCAGAAGAGGGCUGCCCUGGCCAAGGCUCGCCGGGAGAAGGCUGCCGCCAAGCGCAUGGAGCAGAGCUACGAGGUUCUGGGCAGUGAGACGCAGAGCGACGAGGGCAGCAGCGAGGACAUCUUUGAGGAGGAGAUCAACGGCGAGGAGGUCCGCAGCGAGGUCGAGCUCUUUGUCAAGAACCACCUGGUCCAGACCGCCCUGGCCGGCAUUGGCUUCAUGAUGGCCGUGGUCGGCAUCUGGGGCGACGGCGUCUACGAUUCCUUUAGCGAGACCGUGGUUGUUGCGCUAUAG